CGGAUAUAAACACGUAAUUCUCAGAGACGGGGCAUUACCUAGAAAAACGUCUGGUAAAAUGUUUCCUGGUAAUCAGCUAAGAUCUUAGGUCGAUCGAUCAAGUGAAACUGUAUUAUUCAGUCCCCAUAGUUACCGAACAUAAUGAUCUAUGUUACCAGUGAUUCGCAUACUCUCCGUUACAAAGAUGGUAUUGGAUAAACAGAUAUGUACCAAGUGAUCAUAUCGUCAUCUGCGACUGUCUAUUGGACGAAGCACCUUGUUGAUCAACAGAGUGACAGAUUUCUCAUUCCUAUCCCAAGAUGAGAGCUACGCUCCACAUGACGGACAUGGUGAUACACCAACAACAAAGUUGUCAAGACAGUCAGCGUCAGUUAGACCACAAACUGUUGAAAAUUACGCCAGUCAUCAAAAUGCAGUUUUUAAUAAGCUUCAAUAAGCAUUUAUUUGGAUUCCUAUUCUAUAGGGGAGUGAAAUUCAAAAGGCGAAAUCGUAAAAUAUCUAUAGAUCCACAAAACAUUUAAAAUUUACUUUUAUUUUAUUGUUACUUAUAGACAAUUUGACAAAAGUAGACAUGAUUCUGUAAUAAAGGUUUAUUUAUAGCUGCGAUUCUGUGAUGAAGGUUUAUUUAUAGAAAUGAUUCUGUGCUGAAGGUUUAUUUAUAGAACACUAAGAUGAGCAGUGCUGGCACUUGUCCGUGCCACUUGGACUGGUCAACUGACAUUCAUGGUGCCAGACGGGAGCCUGUCAACAACGAGAAGGCCUGGCUUAUAUUCGCUGUGCGUCUGCUGUCUAGAACUGUCGUUGGGAAGGUCAACGGUCAGGAGACGGUGUGGAGCCAGAGGUUUAAGCCAAGCUGGUGGGACCAAGAGGUGGGGCUGGCCUGGAAAAAUCCAACCACCAACCCUAAGGACACGAAGCAGGUUUUGGUGAAGAAGUUUGAAGCGCUACAGAGACAUCUUAAAAAUGAAGGGAAAUUUCCGGAAGUGUUGGAAGGGGAGGCGAGACUAUGGAACGCUGGGAAGUUUUCAGAUUUGUUUUUCAUGACGUCAGUUCUGGGCGUGCUGGAGAAAACGAUUGACCUUCACAACGCCGUGACCCAGCUGUGUGCCAGGAAAGGUUCGAGAAUUUUCCCAGACCUGACUCUGGUUGGUAGCAUCAAAAAUUGUCUGGCUGCGACGUUCUCAAAGCUGGAUCAGAUUGGGACGUCAGACUGUGGUGUAUUCAAGACGUCAGACAGUGGUGUAAACAGCAGGACGUUCACACAGCUGGAUCAGCUUGGGGCGUCUAACAGUGGUUUAUUAAAGACGUCAGACAGUGGUGUAUUGGAGACGUCAGACAGUGGUGUAAACAGCAGGACGUUCUUAAAGCUGGAUCAGAUUGGGACGUCUAACAGUGGUGUAUUAAAGACGUCAGACAGUGGUGUAUUGGAGACGUCAGACAGCGGUGUAAACAGCAGGACGUUCUUAAAGCUGGAUCAGAUUGGGACGUCAGACAGUGGUGUUUUAGAGACGUCAGAGAGUGCUGUAUUCAAGACGUCAGACAGUGGUGUAUUGGAGACGCCUGGCAGGGAUGUAUUGAAGACGUCAAACAUUGCUGCAAACGGCAGAGCUUUCUCAAAGCUGAAUCAGCUUGGGACGUCCGACAGUGAUGUUUCGGAGACGUCUGGCAGUGAUGUAUUAGUGACGUCAAACAGUGCUGUAUUUAAGAAGUCAGACAGUGGUGUAUUAGAGACGUCUGGCAGUGAUGUAUUGGAGACAUCAAAUAUUGCUGUAAACGGCAGGACGUUCUCAAAACUGAAUCAGCUUGGGACGUCAAACAGUGGUGUUUUAGAGACGUCUGGCAGUGAUGUAUUAUUGACGUCAAACAGUGCUGUAAACGGCAGAACAUUCUCAAAGCUGGGUCAGCUAGGGACGUCAUACAGUACUGUACUAGUGGCAUCCGACAGUGAUGUAUUACAGACGUCAUACAAUACUGUAUUAGUGUUAUCAGACAGUGAUGUAUUAGAGACGUCAUACAAUACUGUAAAGUGCAGGACUCAUAAAAGACGAAGCUCAUUAUCAAGUAGAAAUUCCAGCAAUGUCAGUCCACACAAGUCUCCGAAAAUAGACACGCCAGCAGUUAAAAACUCACAGCCUACAUCAGAUUCGGUUGGUUGAACAGACGUACACAAUUAAAGGUGGUUUAAUAUUUAGUCGUUUGGAGCAUGAAAUAACAUGUUUCUUUGUUGCAAACAACUUUGUUAAUUAGUACUUCAUAGUGCUGGUAUUUCAAAACAGUUUUGUUUGGGCGUUGUUGUUUUUUUUUUUCUAGUUUUAUUUUGUAAACGAAAGUUAAAAACACUUUAAACACAAUAUUCCACGACAGUUUAUCUAUGAACUACUAUCCUUUUUUUUAUAUUUUUGCAUGUACUGUUAGGUUGUGAAUGCUUGUCCGGCAUUGUGAAUAUAAUAAAGCGGUAUUUAAUUCGUGA